AUGGUCCCCGAAAAUCUUACUGCCAUGACAGAAUUAAUUCUUGUGGGCUUCACAGAUCUCCCUGAACUCGUGGUUCCUCUCUUCCUGAUGUUUCUCAUUUUCUACAUCAUCACCCUUCUGGGGAAUGUGGGGAUGAUUGUGCUGAUCCAAGUGGAUGUCCAGCUCCACACACCCAUGUACUUCUUCCUGAGCCACCUUGCCCUGCUGGAUGCCUGCUAUGCCUCAGCCAUCACUCCUCAGAUCCUGGCCACAGUGGCCACAGGCAAGAAGGUCAUCUCCUAUGGCCAAUGUGCGACCCAGUUCUUUUUCUUCACCCUCUGUGCAGGCACAGAGUGUUUCCUGCUGGCAGUGAUGGCCUAUGACCGCUUGGUUGCCAUUAGCAACCCAUUGUGCUAUAACCUUGCUUUGACUCCAGGCACCUGCAGGAGAUUGUUGGCUGCAGCCUAUGUCUGUGGGGUGUCAGGGGCCAUCCUGCGUACCACAUGCACCUUCACCCUCUCCUUCUGUGACCACAAGCAGAUCAACUUCUUCUUCUGUGACCUCCCGCCCCUGCUGAAACUUGCCUGCAACAGCAUGACACAAAGUGCAACUGUCAUCCUCUUUUUUGCCAAGCUCAUGUUCCUGGCCAAUGUUAUGAUCAUCCUGGUCUCCUAUAUGCUCAUAAUCAGAGCCAUUCUGAGGGUGAAAUCUGCUGGUGGAUGAGCCAAGACCUUCUCCACCUGCACCUCCCACCUCACCACGGUCGUCCUCUUCUUCGGGACACUUGCCUUCAUGUACCAGAGAAGUCAAUCAGACCAGUCCCCAGAGGAGGACAAGGUCGUGUCUGUCUUUUUCACCGUGGUCAUCCCUAUGCUGAACCCCUUGAUCUACAGUCUGAGGAACAAAGACGUAAAGGCUGCAUUCAGAAAACUCAUUGAAGGCCUUGACUCCGGCCACAUGAACUAGAGGGAUAGAGGACAGAAAAAGAAGAAGGAUGAGAGAGGGAAGAAGAACCCGAAUCCAGGUUGACUGGUCCAUUUUUCAAGCACAACAUACCCAAAUAGGAGUCUUGAUCCUCCACCCCUAA